CCGUUCGAGAAGCGGCGAGCAGUUUCGGUUUCAGUUCUUUGAAUGUAUCGUUUUACAUGUACACUGCUCUUAAAUGGGCCGGCGAAAAAUUAUAAAAACGACGACUUUGUAAUUCGUAUUUGAAGUGCGCUGUAGUUUCUUAACUUUUUUUCUUUUAUUUUAUGAUCAUUAUAUGUACGAAAACAUUACGACAAUGCGGCUGUGGCUGCAGUCUGUUUCUAUAGUUCCGCAUUUGAAGCGUGUUCUCUGCGUGCACAACAGUUACAAUUCGCGCGCACUCUGAAAUUUGGGUUCGCGGAGCUGGUUGUAAUCGAAGAGCUUGCAUACGCUAGGCGGGAAGCGCGCGCCAUGGAAAGCGAAUACGAGAGCUCAUCGCACAUACCAGUACCCUCAACUCUUACUGCGGCUGCAGGGCCACACACGGAACCACGCAUGUUUGGUGCUUUGCACAUGUUGGAAGCUGCCAACUCUUUUACGGAACUGCAAUCCCAUGGCUCAUCGCACAUACCAGUAUCCUCAACUCUUGCUGUGGCUGCAUGGCCACACAUGGAACCGAGCAUGCUUGAUUCAUCUUACAGUCCUGGACCCGCAUAUCUGACCGGGGCUACAAGGCCACAAACAGACGCACAAGUGCUCGCUUUCAUGGAAAGGAUUCAACAUGUGUUAAAUAGCAUGAAGCACACCCAGCAAGCCUAUUUGCAAUAUUUCAGCGAGCUGCUAAGUAAUGCCGACAGUGCAGCUCCGCACCCUCAUGGCCUCCCAGACCUGCCUUUCUCGAAUGUGGCGGAUGUUCUUGCGUAUGAAGAGAAGCUCGAGACAGACAGCAAAGCUCAUGAUCAAAUGAAAAAGCACAUGGCUGUACAAGGGGGAGAUUCGACGAAACAGAAAAGAACAUGUGUACUGCAGUCCCUCCUCAGCUGGAAUGCUGCAGUGGGCUUCAGUUGGUUUGGCACAAAGUGAAAGAAAAUUCUGUGAACUGCACCUCUGCAAGCUGAUGUGCGGCGUGUUGACUAAUGACAUCCGAAACCCGAAUGCGACCCUGAAGGAUGUGGAGAAGGCUGCGAUGACCUGGUUCCGUCAUGCUGCUGAGCGGCUGGCCGCGCAACAAAAAUAGUUUAUUUUUUUUUUUUUCAACUAAUAAGAUAAUCCUGAAGGUCAGUUAUUGUUGCAAAUUCUCUGCAUUGCGUGUAUUAAAAUAUGUGUUGCUUUUUUUUCACCACUGUUUCAUUCCUUCUUUGUUGUUUCUUGUUUAUGUAUGCCAUAUUCAGUGCCAUCAUUUUUCUGGUGAAUUGUUUCCUGUGCUGGAACUGAACUUUUUGUUUCCUAAAACUUCAUUUUCUUACUUGCACACUGCCUGUAGAUUGAAGAGCAAAGAGUAAUUAACUGCACCAAUAGUGUAAUGCUAAAAUCAGGUCCACUACAUAGUACAUUGUUCAAAAAGUGCCCUGCAGUAAUCACAAAAGCAUCCGAGCAAGCAAGUACAACCCUGAAUUCCACACUAGUAGAUGAGAAUUAAACAAGUUGUGUGUGCUAGUAAAGAAAUUGUGUUUCAGGAAAUCAAAAUUUCAGUUAGGCUAAGGGAACGACAGAGCAAGAAAGUGAUUACUUUAAGCUUUUUAUUAACAGUUCCAGUGAGGAGAAUGUUUCCUAAUGAUAUAUAUGUGUGCCCUUUAUGCAUGGCAAAUGUGCAGUAAAAUAAAGAAUUCAAA